AAGGCACAGAGGUAACAUAGCCGUACAAUUGAUUGUAACGAGUGUGCGCAAGCACCACUAAAGUGAACACUGUGGCAAUAAAGUAAAUGGGCGCCAGUGGCAGUUAGUGCGCACAAAAUAAUCAACGAACAAAUAAACGGACACAAUUUGGCCAGCUGUAUUACCCAGCCACAGCGUAGCAAACGAAAAGUGCGUGCGACCAUAUUCGCGAUUUUUACGCAGUGUCUAACUGCAGUAGAAUGCUCCAAUAAAAAUAAGUAUUAAUUAAAAUGGUUGAAGUCCGUGCUGAUAUCCUUUAUAUUAUGUUAAAUUCCAUUAGUACGAGAUGCUGAAUUUACUAUAUCUACUUCAGCUGUAGUCAUACGACUUGUGAUAAAUGGACGUGGUCCUACAUUAAUGAUAUUUAAGUUAGUUCUAGUUAGCAAAAAAUGAAUAUCAUUAACAAUUAAUUAAUAGUAAAACAAAUUAAAUAUGAGCGAUUUGUAAGAAAGAUGUACUCCAAUAAGCACAAAUCGUUCCUUAAAGUUAUUAAUGCGUUGAAAAUUGCAUAAAAUAGUGGGGCAGCAACAAAAAAAAACUACAUAUAUUAAGCCUUGCCUCGACUUACAAAUAGCUGUCAAAUAAUCUGUCUAAUUUAAAUUUUUUAGUGAUUUGUUUGGCGAUAUCUAGGAAUCAUGUGUUAUAAUUUCUAUACUCUCGGAAAUACUAAUUAAAUAAAUUCAUUAAUGCAUAUGAAGUGGCGUUUAAUUAAAACAAAAAAAGGCAAUUGCUAAAAGUGAACUUGUGCGUCGAUUCGUCUCGUAUAUAAGUAAUUAUUUUCAUAAAAAUUUUGCAAAAUUUCGUGUAAAGUAGACAACGCGUUCGCCGUCGUUAAGUUGACGGGGCGCACCAAUAACAACAUUGACGCUGGUGAGAACGACGGCGACGUUGCGGAUUACAACAAUCAACCACAACAACAACAUAGUAAACGUGAACUUCAAUCAACUAUAGCUGCAUCGGAAGAUUUACCACCUUCACCGCCGCUUCCACAUCCCCAACAACUGCAACAGCGACAAUUUCAGAAAAUUCCCGCUAUAUAUGAACAUAGCACGCAUUCACAUUCACAUUUCGACCAAUAUCAACCGCAUCAAGAGCAACAACCGUUUUAUAAUCAUUUUUAUACACAUGAAAGUUUGGCACAAACGUUAUAUCAACAAAAACAAUCAACUCGAACACAAACGUAUGAGCACAAUCAACAAUAUCAACAACAUUAUACAUAUUAUCGUCAACAACAGCAACAUCAACAAGUCACACAGCAUCAACAACUAAAAUUACUCGAAAUGUUUGCACUACAACCAACACCAUCAAUGGGAGCUGUCAUCUCGCCAUGGUCGGGAACAAUGAUCGAUCGCAUACCCUCACUCGAUGAUAUGCCACACAAAGACAAUGUAAUUGCGAUGAGAAACCUACCAUGUUUGGGUGUUGGUGUCGGUAGUAAUAAUGGUAACGUCGGCAGUUUCAGCGGCGUUGCUGUCAGCGGUGGCAACGGUGGUGUCGGUGGUGUUGUCAGUGGCGGCGUUGGGAUCGGCGGUGUCGGUGGACUUAGUACGAGCAAAUCAGUUGUGACUGCCGCCGCCGCCGCUGCUGCUUUGGAUGCGACAACUACCGCAGAAGCGCCAUCAAUGACACCACACACAACGCCGUCAUAUUUCACAACAACUUACUAUCACCUAAGUGAUGAUGAAUGUCACAGCGGCGUAAAUCAGUUGGGUGGCGUAUUCGUGGGUGGUCGCCCGCUACCUGAUUCCACACGACAGAAAAUCGUUGAACUGGCCCACUCAGGUGCACGACCAUGUGAUAUAUCGCGCAUAUUACAAGUUUCUAACGGGUGCGUCAGUAAGAUUUUGGGCAGAUAUUAUGAAACUGGCAGCAUUCGACCACGUGCUAUAGGCGGUUCUAAGCCACGUGUCGCCACUGCGGAGGUUGUAAGUAAGAUUUCUCUCUACAAACGGGAGUGCCCUAGCAUCUUUGCGUGGGAGAUACGCGACCGGUUGUUGCAGGAAGGCAUUUGCACUAACGACAACAUACCCAGUGUUUCCUCUAUAAAUCGUGUACUGCGUAAUCUGGCCGCUCAAAAGGAACAACAGCAACAGCACGGGUCACUACUAACAAAUGGCAAUAACAGUAAUGGCGGCAGCACCAAUAGCAAUCCGAAUGCAAGCAAUCUAACUGGCAGCGGCUCUGUGGGAGGUUCUAGCGGCGGCGGCAGUGGCGUCGAUAUGCAGUUGCGCACCACAAACACACCUCUCAACUCUGAUGGCAGCGUGGGGAGUAGUGUAGAUGGUGGUGUUGAUGGGGAUGCCACUGCGAAUAGGAGCUCGGUUGUCACCACUACAGAUGCAAUGUAUGAUAAGCUACGCAUAUUAAACGGCCAUCAUCAACUUGGCGGCGGUGUUGCUGAAUUGCACCCAACUACUGGCAUGCCGCCCUCGACGGAGGCGUUGACUGCCACAGCCCCACAUCAUAGCCAUCACCAUCAUCAGCAGCAGCAGCAACCGCAGCUUCAUCACCAUCAUCAUCCGGUACAAUCACACACGCAUCCACAGCCUCAUUCGCAUAUGCAUGUUUCGGGAAAUUCCGUGCCGGCUCAAAAGCAUACCGCACAUACAUUAGCGCACACACAUCACGCUGCCCAACAUACUGUGGCGAAUCAGUGUUGGCCACCGCGCCACUACUCUACUUCAUGGUACUCACCGCCCUUAGAUGGCGGACUCUCUGGAAGUUCCGGCAGUGCUGUGCCAAGUGGCGCAAAUAGUGCCGGCAGUGCCGCCAUUUCAUCGCCCUCCGAAAUUUUGACCUCAGCUUUUGCAGCAGGUGUACAACCGCUUAGUCCGCACGGUGGCAUAGCGAACGGCAGCAGCGGUAAUGGCAGUAAUAGCAGCUUAUCGUCAGCGCAACACAACGGCUGUCCAAUAAGCGAUGAAAUAAUGCUGAAAAAAGAACUUGAUGGUCAUCACUCAGAUGAAACCGGUUCGGGAGAGGGCGAAAAUUCCAAUGGCGGUAUUUCGAAUGUCGGGGCAAAUGAUGAGGAUCAAGCUCGCCUAAUACUCAAGCGCAAACUACAGCGGAAUCGCACUUCCUUCACAAACGAGCAAAUCGAUAGUUUGGAAAAAGAAUUCGAACGCACUCAUUAUCCGGAUGUUUUUGCACGAGAGCGGUUGGCUGGGAAAAUUGGUUUACCAGAGGCCCGUAUACAGGUAUGGUUUUCUAAUCGUCGCGCUAAAUGGCGACGUGAAGAGAAAUUACGUAAUCAGCGGCAUACCCCUAACUCGGCUGGCGGUGGCUCAACUAUAUCGGCCACCUCCGUCAUAGAUAGCCCCAACAGUAGCAGUAUGAACGGCAGCGGCGUCACCUCGGUUGUGCCCAGCGGCACACGCAUGUUUUUCGAUUAUUUUGGCUAUGCUACACCAACAACAGAUGCAGCGGCGCUACCAGAUGGUGUAAUGUCCACACCCCCAUUGGCUAAUAAUUCAGUUUCUUCUACGGCGGCUGCUGCAUCAGCACAUACUUCUGUGGUGGGCGCUGGCAGCGGUCCUGGUACCCCAGAUCAUAUUGGCGGCGGACAGCAGUCUUCAUCUGGCAGCAGCAACGCCAGCGGUACGAGUGUUACAAAUUUAGGCGCUGGACAUUCCGGUGGACGGAACAGUGUUGGCAUGAUGGGUCUUAGUCCCGCUGGCAGCACCGGUUGUGCGCCCAUUGGGGCAGUACAUACAUAUCACGCGGCGACACAUCAUACACACCCACACCUAGGUGGUGGCAUUGUGCCGUCGAUAUCGCCUCGGCUUAAUAUUAAUAACGGAUUUAGCAGCUCGAUGGGAACUAUGUACCCGAUACAUCAUCAUUCCACGAUGGCUAUGAGCGAACCAUAUAGUUCAAUGGCGUCCAUGUCGUCGUUCACACAUCCCUCAAUAUCCUCGAUGCCCGGCUCACCAAUGUCUCAGCAACGUGACCUAACCCCGCCUUCACUGUAUCAGUGCCAUAUGUCGCUACGUGCACCCCUACCACCACCGCCGCAUCAUCACCAUGCAGUGGUUGGAGGUUUCGGCAUACCCUCGGCAGGCGGUGCACAUAGUAGUGGCGGCAGUCUCACAAAUCAGCAGUCGGCAUGCAGCGGCUAUGACACGUCAGUAAGUAGUUAUGGUCAAACAGUGGGGCUGCAACCACCACUGCCACCGCCGCCGCUGCCAACACCCGUUUCAAGCAAUGUUUCUGCCUUGUCUCAAGUUUCCAGCGACAGCUCGGUGUCUGCCAUAAAUUGCGGUAGUGGCGCAAUCACGACGACGACAAAUCUUAAUAAUACCACCAUAUUAUCGGCACGCAACUCACCUUGCAGUCCACCGACGAGUCAUCAGCUAGGCACACCCAACAAUGGCAGCGGCAGUGUGGCAUCAACUACCACGGACAAUUACUCUCAACUGGGAUAUGGCUACGCAGCAGCAGCCGCCGUUGCAUCUGCAGCCGGCAAUAAUAGUGGAGCUUCCGCGGUCAUGGGCACAGGUAUAUCCUCAGCAAGCGCGCAGAACCAAGCAGGAAAGCAGCAGCAGUUUUUCGCAUCAUGCUUCUAUUCUCCAUGGGUUUGAGAGGAAUAUACAACGUUAGUCAGGCCCAACGCUCAAAGUGGUUUAAAAUAGGUAUACCAGGAUAAAUAUACAUAUACGGAUGAGUUGUACCAGUACAUAACACUCAACCCAAGGUUACUGAGAUAUAUAAUAAAUUUUUUUAAUUCGACUUGUUAAUAUCUCGCAAUUAUGAAAAAUUUAAAACAAAAAGACUAUAGAAUACUUUCGACAUAUUCGAGAGCUUAAUACACAUAUACAUAUAUGUACGUAUUAUUAGUGAAAAUUAAUACGAUGCUGUUUUAUAAUUAAAACUCAGCACAGUCGUAGUAAUAAAUAAAAUUAUAUGGAA